UUGCCCCCCCCAGCACCUGCGCCGGGCCAUGACCAGCUCCGAGUUCGUGUCCAACCUCAGCGGGAUGAACGACGGGCAGGACUUUCCCAGGGAGCAGCUCAAGGCUCUUUACGGCUCCAUCCGCAGCAAGAAGCUGGAGUGGGCGACGGAGGAGGAGGAGGAGGAGGAGGAGGAAGAGGCCGGGGGAGGGAAGAAGAUCCUCCCCCAAAUCCCGGAGCUGCCAGGGGGGGCCGUGACCUUCCGCAGGGGGUGGUUGGCCAGGAAGGUCCUGGCAGAGGCUGAUGGCAAGAAAACUCCCUGGGGCCGCCGGGGCUGGAAGCCCUUCCAAGCCGUUCUCCGUGGGACCUUCCUGCUCUUCCUCAAGGCCGGGGGGAGCGCCCGGGGGGUCUCCCGACGCCCCUCGGAGCCGGGAUCCCCUGGCCCCCCCCCAGAGGAGGGUGGGGGGGCCGAGGAGCCCCUGGGGGUCCAUCAUGCCCUGGCUGAGAGGGCCCCCAAAUACACCAAGCGGCCCAACGUGUUCCGGUUGCAAACGGCCGAGCGGAGGCUGUUCCUGUUCCAGGCGCCCACCCCCGAGGAGAUGCUGUCCUGGAUUUCCCGGAUCAAUCUCGUGGCUGCUCUGUUCUCCUCCCCUCCCUUCCCGGCGGCCGUGGGGUCCCAGCGACGCUUCGUGAGGCCCAUCCUGCCCACAGCCCCCAGCAGGAGCCCCCCGGAGGAGCAGCUGCGGUGCCACGAGCAGUGGCUGGAGCGGGUGGGGCAGGAGCUCCUGGAGCACCAGAGGCACCUUCCCGAGGGCCGGGGCCGCGCCCGGGACCUGGACGAGUAUCGGGUCAAGAAGGAAUUCCUGCUGGAGGAGCGCCGGCGCUACGAGACUUACGUGCAGGUGCUGGAGACGUGGCUGAACUCGGGCGCCCGGGACCUGGAGGGGUGGGAGGCGCAGGCAGGGGGAGCCCCCCCAGACCCCCCCACUCUGACCAAGGCUCACUCGAGCCCCUCACUGGCCCCUGAGCCCCCCCCGGGCCCCACCGUCCGCGUCCGGAGGAACAUCUCGGAGCGAAGGACCGUGAGGAAAAUCGUCCCCAAGCGCAACAAGAACCUGCUGUGACCCCCUGGGGGGACCCCAAGGGACAGGAUCCCACCGGGGAGCCACCCCCAGGACCCCUCGGUACGAGGUUCUUUGGGGGGUCCCGGUACGAGGUUCCUUGGGCCCCCCCAGUUUGAGCCACCCUGGGGGGAUUCAGGAUGGGGAAACUCAGGGAAAACACCCCUUUCCCCCUCCCAAAAAGGGGGCUGGGGGGGCUGAGGGGGGUGUAACUUUCCCCCCCGGACCCCCAGCCCCCCCCUGCACCCGCUGCCUGCUGCUCUCUGUGUGCAAUAAAGGUGUGUCCCACCGCUGGCA